AUGAAUAUGAGCUCCCACGAAAACAACAAUGGUAGUUCUACAAGACGGCAUACAGGGGUAGAGUAUGAUCAUCGAUUAUCAUCAAGUAAUAACAAUUUUGGAGGAAAAAGGGUAACGUUGGUAUCCAAACCGAAGAAUAGGAGCAGCUAUUUCAGCAUUGAAUCAAUGAUGGUGCUUUUUGGACUAACGGUGUCGUUGUUGAUCCUUCCUUUGAUACUUCCACCACUUCCACCGCCUCCAUUCAUGUUGUUACUCCUUCCGAUCUUCAUUUUGGGCGUGCUUAUGGCCGUCGCCUUCAUGACCUCUUCGUCGUCUCUCAAUGCUCGUCAUAAAACCGGCGUUUAG